AUGCGAUGGAGGACGAGCGGAAGGUUAUGGACGGCGGUGGUGUGGACGCUGGCGACGAUUGCGCGAGGGAGGACGGCGACGGCGCAGUAUCAGACGACGGCGACGACGCUGACGUUGGAGCACGUGUGGCCGGAUACUGGAGCGGUGUACGCGUCGACGGUGGUGUCGUUGUAUGGGAGUGGAUACGCGAACGCGUUGCCGCCGAUGGGGUGUCGGUUCGGGGAGAUUGUCGCGAAUAAGGACUCGGCCGCGAGCACGACUUCGAAAGUCGUGUGCGCGACGCCGACCAACGUCUUCGCGGGUUUCGUCGCCGUUGGGUUGGCGCAGGCGACGGGAAAGAGAUACGUUCCCGGGUCAGAUGAUUUAGUCGUGGACAACGGGCAGCAUUCUUUCGAAUUCGUCGUGCCUUGGAAACUAUCCAAAGUGAAUCCAGAGUACGCGUACAAGAGCGGCGGCGAAGUUCUGCGACUUUCAGGGACACAUUUUCGUCCAGGAAUGCUGUGCACGUUCAAAGACUCUUCGCUGACAUCCGAGUACAGAUUCAUUUCUUCUGCGUUAGCCAUGUGUGAGACCCGUGCGUCGAGCGAAGCGGAAGGAACGGUGGAUUUGAAUCUCACUCCAACUCACGCCGUCGGAGGCGGCGGCGCGAGCGUCGAGUACCAAACCGCGCCCAUCAUAGAUGGGCCUUUAGUGUCCACCACCGCAGUUGGUGGUGACGUAGUGAUACAAGCAUCAAGUAGUACUCCGCUGAGCGGCGCCAUAGCAUCGUUCACGGCGAGUCCGAUUCGUAUCGGAUGCUGGUUUGACGGCAUUUGGGUGGCGGCGACUCUGCGCAGCGAAAGAGAGUUGGUGUGCAAAGCGCCUUUGCAGUCAUUCGGCACUCCAUCGCUGAGUGUCGUGGAUAUGUAUGCUCAAAGAAUGUUUCCGACGAAUGCAACUCAGACUGGUUGGUUCACCUCAUUCACCGUGAGCAAAGACGAAGUUGUCGACGUCGUGUUGCCUUCGGUUGGCAAUGCGAUGCGAAAUACGGUGGCCGAUUCUUCGACUCUGGUCGACUUUUUCGGCCGCAACCUUAUUGCUGGCUCGGGUUCUGUUGGUGCACGCAUUUGCCAAGCCUUGAACCCGGUUACAUCUCCCGUUUUAGUGACGAAUCAGGUCCAAAGCAAAUGUGAUUUUCCGGCGACACCAUCCGAGACAGCGGCGCUGUCCACGCUCAGAUACGGCUUUCACGCUGUGAGUGCAGGAGCCGGUGCAAGUGCCUCAGCGCAAUUUCUGAUUGUCUCGCCACCACAAAUUACGUCGGUGGUACCGGGAUUUCUUCGUGCGGGUACUGUCGCGACAUUUUCGGGACAAAAUCUCAUGGACCCGUUUCGGCAAACAUGGUGUGGGCACGACGGUAUAGCUCUCGUCGCGCACGCGGUGUCGAGCGCGCUCAUCCGAUGCUCAGUCCCGUACCAUCAUCAGCUGCCUUCGGGUUCCUCUAGUUCUGCGCACGAUCUAACCAUAGACGUGCUUUCUGAUUUAUCGUCGCCGGGGGCCGGAGGAACCACCAUGGGCUGGCUACCAGUAGCGAAUGAUUUAGAGAGCAUCACGCCAAACGUCGGAGCGACGAGCGGUGGCACUCGAACGGUGCUGAAACUCACGGGUGGAACUAUCCCAACUUCAUCUUAUUACACACCCACGUGCAGAUUUGGCACGAUAGUAACGUCGGCGAUACACGUCCCUGGAGGUGGAGUUGCGUGUAGCUCUCCUGCAUACGCCGCGCGUAACGUGACGGUGGGCAUUGACGUCGAGUCGACGAUAGAAUUUCAGUACGUCGCACAGAUUGGUGUGAGUGCCAUAGUACCAGGAGCUCUUCCACAGAAUGGGGGCUCGAUAUCUGUGUACUUGGAUGCGGCACUUUCGUCUUCGUAUUCAGCUGACUGCGUUUUCGUCACCAGCGGCGGGGAUAAAUUAAAGUCUUCUCUCGCCGAUUCCUCGGGAACGCUCAAGUGCGCCUCGCCGCAGACUGGUAUUGGCUUUGCAACGAUGGCGAUCGUCGUAUCUGCGGCUAGCACGAACAACACUGCGUUUAUAGACGAAGCAGCUGGGCAGUACUUCGACCUUGAAGUUCAAACCAGAACGCCUGGGGUGGAAGUUUUCCUCCCAACGGGCGCGAAUUGGGUACAGGCGGAGGAAGUCAUACACGCUGUGACGUCUGAUGGAUCUCUUCUCGGCGACAAUUCGGGAGACGACGAUUUCUGGUGUGUGUUCGGAAAAGCUGGAAUAUAUGGAGGGUCAAUAUAUUUGAGUGCGGCGAGUAGAGUAUCGGGAACUAUCCUGAAGUGCACCGUACCAGACCUCGAUACGCUAAUAGUUUCUGGGCAGAGUGGAUUUGAGAUUGUCAUCGGUAUUUGUUCUUCGACUGAAGUUUCGGCGAGCAGUUGCACCAGUUACGCGGGAACACGCGUGAGAUACGAGAAAAAGCUGGGAGUUUCUUCAGUACUUCCAGUGAACGGUACGCAAGCAGGAGGCGAUGUUGCAGUUCUCGUUGACUCUGCAUCCGUGAAAGGUUUCGGCGCAAACGUGCCAAGCUGCAGAUUUGGCACAAUCUAUCCCGUUGCGGGAACUUCGGUAACUGGAACGGGCGAGAUAAAUUGCGUGACACCGGCGCAUGCUGCGGGUGUCGUUCCUGUGAGUGUUCCUCCGCUCGAUUUGGGGUUGACGGCUUUGACAUUUGAGUAUAUUUCCGUGUCCACUUCGCAAUCGGUCUUGUCCACGACGUACGGCGCCGAUCCGUACGUCGUUGCAUACCUGAUUGAACCGACACCAAUGAUCACAGAGGUCGUGCCUUGGGUUGGUUGGAGUGGAAGUGUUGUCACCUUGCUAGGCACAAACUUUCCAACUGGAUCCGCCGUCAAGUGCAGAUUCGGAUCUGUCUCCGUCGAUGCUCAGGUUGUUUCUACGGCUGUGAUACAGUGCGGCGAUACUUCGCCGAUUACCUCUGACGACGUCGAAGAGCAGCGCGUCGCUGUCACGACGAGUUCGGGCGAUUCAAAUCCGAAUGUGACGACGUUAGCACACUAUGUCAUUACUCAAGGAGAUAUCAGCGCCAUUGAUGCCGCUGACGGUUGGCAACAGGGUGGAAACGUAGUCGGCGUCACCGUUGCCAAGUGGGUCCCUGAAGGCUACACAUCCUGUCGCUUUGGCACGAUAACCGUUCAGAGUAGAGGCGGAGACGGCUUCGGUGCGAUUGGCAAGGCGUCGGUAUCGCAGUCAUCGCAGUGGUGGUCAGAUUCGACUGAUGGCAAGAAAAUAGAGUGCGUAUCUCCAGCAGGAGCGCAAGGAAACGUAAAUUUGGGAGUAUCCAUCCUCGGAAGCACUGCAUCGUCUUUCAUUGGUACUACGUUUACCUACAUUUAG